UUUUUGUUACCUUUCAUCCUUCCAGUAGUAAGUUGGUAGUGAAUUGUGAACUACUUUUCACUGGCCUAGGCGAGACCAAAGUAACAUCUGGGUCUAGGGAUGGUGGAUUUUAAUUUUGUCUCCUUAGGGUUAUCUGUCUGAGUGACAAUUUAGCUAAGGCAAGUCCAGCCUUUCUUUGGUUAGAAAGGUCCCCUCCCUGUUUCAGUUGGCUUGAGCUGUCUGUCUGUGCAGUGAAUGUGUGCCUCCUUUCAUAACUGACUGUGCCACUCUGCAGUUUGCCCCCACCCUUUCCCCACCUUCCCCCUCCUGAAACCUGGCCUCUCUCUCUCUGAGCUCAGCCCUUCUCGCCUGCCUGUGCUUCUGAGCUCUGCCCCCUCCAGCUGGAGACUCAGGUUUAUCUGGAGACGGAGGGGCUCAUUCGGGAGCUGAGAUCUGGGAGGUGAAGGAGAGAUCCAUUGGAACCAGGAGAAGAGAAAGGGGCUAGCUUCACUGAAGAGAGGCAGAGCGUGGAGACCAUGGCUGGAUUCUCAGCUCUUGGGCUGCUCUUUUUUUUUCAACUACUAGCCACAUCCUCAGCUCAGAGAGCAGGACCACGAGGCCCUCCUGGACCACGAGGACUCCCUGGAUCACCUGGCAAGGAAGGCAUAGAUGGAGAACCUGGCCCACCUGGUUUACCUGGCCCACCAGGGCCGAAAGGUGCAUCAGGGAAGCCUGGAAAGGCAGGUGAAGCAGGGUUACCUGGCCUUCCUGGAGUGGAUGGUUUAACAGGACCCGAUGGCCCACCCGGCCCAAAUGGGCCACCAGGAGAAAGAGGUGCUUUAGGGCCUGCAGGGCCGCCUGGACCAGCUGGCAAGGGACUGCCAGGCCCUCCGGGGCCUCCAGGACCCAGCGGACUCCCAGGCAGAAACGGACUUCAGGGGCCACUUGGACCAUCAGGUCUUCCAGGAUUCCCAGGACAGCCUGGACCUCCAGGGCCUCCAGGUCUUCCAGGGGUUCUUCCUGAUGCCAGUGGGGACCUUCAGUGCUCAACUCUCUGCCCCCCAGGCCCUCCGGGUCCUCCAGGAAUGCCAGGAUUCAAGGGGCAUACAGGCCACAAAGGAGAACCCGGGGAAACAGGAAAAGAUGGUGAGAAGGGAGACGCAGGCCCUCCAGGUCCUCCAGGGAUUCCAGGCAGCAUCGGCCUGCAGGGACCAAGAGGGUUAAGAGGCCUCAUUGGCCCAGAGGGUCCAGUCGGGGACAGGGGACCUAUUGGUUUCAGAGGGCCACCAGGACUCCCAGGACCUCCCGGGAAAGCAGGAGACCGAGGAGACAGAGGACCUCAAGGGUUCAGAGGGCCUAAAGGGGAUACUGGUAGACCUGGACCAAAAGGAUCACCAGGGACCAGUGGACCCAUAGGAGAACCUGGCAUGCCUGGCAAAGAUGGACGAGAUGGAACACUCGGACUCGAUGGUGAGAAGGGUGAUGCUGCCCGCUUCGGUCCUCCUGGAGAAAAGGGGCCAAACGGACUUCCUGGGCUACCUGGAAGACCAGGUCACAAGGGUCCAAAGGGUGAAGUAGGUAGUCCUGGAACGAUGGGAGAGGCAGGUCCAUCAGGAGAGCCUGGUAUCCCUGGUGAGGCCGGUAUCCCUGGUGAGAGAGGUGAGCCCGGACCUAGAGGAGUGUCUGGUGCACUUGGUCUUCAAGGCCCAUUGGGAGCCCCAGGUGUAAGAGGCUUUCAGGGCCGCAAAGGUGCCAGUGGGGAACCUGGACUCCCUGGCCCAACGGGGAUUCGUGGUGAAUUUGGUGACAGGGGUUCUGGUGGAGUUUCUGGUCCCAAAGGUAACCAGGGCACUGCUGGAGCAGAUGGCCUGCCAGGUGACAAAGGAGAACCGGGUCCUUUCGGCCCCCCGGGACAAAAGGGAGAGUCAGGAGAAAGAGGCGAGCCGGGUCCUAAAGGUAUACAAGGACCUAACGGGACUUCUGGUGUGCAAGGGAUUCCAGGUCAUCCAGGACCUAUGGGCUACCAGGGAGAGCAAGGUAUCCCCGGCAUUACUGGAAAACCUGGCCCUCCAGGCAAAGAGGCCAGUGAACAACACAUAAGAGAACUCUGUGAGGGAAUGAUAAAUGAACAAAUUGCACAGUUGGCUGCUAAUUUGAGAAGGCCCUUGGCUCCUGGACUGAUGGGUCGACCUGGCCCAGCGGGUCCCUCAGGUCCACCUGGGGCAAUGGGAAGUGUUGGUCAUCCUGGUGCUCGUGGUCCACCUGGAUAUAGAGGGCCGACAGGAGAACUUGGAGACCCUGGUCCCAGAGGUGAGUAGGAUGAAAUCAGCAACAGCCUAAUGAACCUGCGCCUGCUCCCUUGGAAAUCAUUGAGAAAACUUCUUCUAACUUCAGUGGUGCAGGAACAGGUCCUUGGGAGGUUAGAGUGGGGAGAGGGGUUAGGAUUUUCUGUAUUACAGUGCACUCCAUUUAUAAGAAUCACUGAUACAUGAAUCAGCUG